AUGACCGACUCCAACUUCUCCCUCGCGCCUCUCCCGACGUCGACACCGCAGACAUCUGUCUACCCGUGCGAGUCUGGCACCCAGCACGCCCGCAACAACUUCGUGCCCCGCACCUUCACGCGAGUUCCCAGCGGCGUCGAGCGUGGCGCGUCACUCCUUCAUAUCCUCAAGAAGUAUUGGGGUUACAGCAAGUUCCGCCAUCCCCAACAGGAAGUUUGCGAUAUGAGCCUCAAGGGAUGUGACGUCCUCGUCGUCGCGCCGACGGGCAUUGGCAAGUCCAUCUGCUUCCAGCUCCCGGCCCUCACGAUCGAGUACGGCAUUACAAUUGUGGUGUCGCCACUUAAGGCGCUCAUGGCAGAGCAGGUCAUGAGUCUGCGGGAGAAGGGAAUUCCAGUCGCCGCGCUUAAUGAGAAUACGUCGAGAGCCGAGCACGUGUUCCACGAACUGAAGCUCGCCCAUCCUCGGCUAAGACUUCUAUACGCAACCCCGGAAUCCCUCUGUCGAAAGGACUACCAAGCAUGCUUCAACACCGCGCAUCAGCAGAAGCAGAUUGCGCGCAUCGUCAUCGACGAGGCCCACGUCCUCUAUGAAUGGGGCAACACGUUCCGCCCUUCCGUGGAGGCUUUUGUACGACAGUUCCCCGACAUCCCCAAAACUGCCGUGACUGCAUCUGCCACCGCCGAGAUCCGCAGUGAGAUCGCCCGAUCCCUACGCAUGAAGCGUGAUGGCGGUAAUCUCGCGCAGUUCGUAUUGCCAGUCAAUAGAAAGAAUCUAUUCUAUGAGUGCGACGUUGUCGCCGAGAAGCUGAAUGACAGCGGUAUCACAGCGUCACCUUUCUACGCGCGAAUGCCGGAGGCGCAGAAGUCACGGGCGCUGGUUGACUGGAAGGACGGCAAGAUUUCCUGUAUUGUCGCGACCAUAGCGUUCGGUAUGGGCAUCGACCAUCCGCACGUCCGAUAUGUCGUCCAUGCGGACAUGCCGAAGUCCUUCGAGGGCUACUACCAGGAGACGGGCCGCUGCGGGCGCGAUGGGCACAGAUCCCGUUCCCGAGAAGACGCCGCACGGGCAAUGUCUCAAGCAAACAGCACUGGCAUGGAGCGCGCGAACCGGCAAAUGCUGAACUCGUUGAAAACCCAGUUUGCCGAGGAUACCUCGACGUGCCGCCAUAUCGGCGUGUGUCGCUACUUCGGAGAGAUUAUCGAGACGGACCCGGAUACUGUCAAGGCGUAUUGCGACGGAAUGUGCGACGUAUGCGCGAACCGCGCGGGCGUGUACUUGGCGGCCCAACAUCUCACGGAAGACUGUGCGCCUCUCUCGCCCAUAGAACCGCUCGAGCCGCUCGAACACAGCUCGCCGCCGAGAACGACCAGGCAAGAUAACCCUGACUGCACGCUCGCCGCUCUGCAUGAUGAGCCGCAGACUGGGCUCCAGUGGACAGGCGUCUUCUCCACUUUUGGCACGACGGGUAGCGGCAUCGGUAGUACAGGUGUCAGCAGUAAGGUGGACGACGAUUUAGCUCCUCUCUUCGACAACCCCGAUUCCGAUGGAGACAGUGAAGACCAACGCGCACACCAAACACCUCUCUUUGAUGUGCCCGGCUCACUGCCCGCAAGUGAGCAGUCCGAACCACCUCCCAUUGUUGACCUCACCGGUUCGUCGUCCCCGCACGGACAGGUGGGCACGAGAGGGGGAGCACCCCCGUCAACUAUUGCGUCCGCCGGCAAGGGGACACUGCCGCCACCCCGAACUGCUCCUCGACGCGCUGCACCCUCAAUUCUUCAAGCGCUCGACGUCAACGGAACUCGGCCCCCUCAGCCCCGUGCCGAGUCGUCGCGACAAUGGUCGACGAUUGAUGAGAUUGCUGACCAGGGCAUCUCAGGCGCUGUCGUUAUCAGUGCUCCUCGUUCUCCGGGCCAUGCCAAGCGCAAGCAGAGAGAGAGAGAGAAGACGUUCAAGGAUGUGGCACCAUUAUCGGGUGACGAUGCGGCGUUCUCCUUCUACAACUCCGCACCACCACGGAAGAAGAGCCGCGUCGAGCGCCUCAAGUUCAAGACUCCGGGCCCAGCGCUGAGCGCCGCGGUCCCUCAGAGCUCCCCGCUCACGCGAAUCUCGACCGGCGACCACAACAUGCUUCAUGGCACGCCUCCACCCGCCGCCUCGCCUGCGCGCCCAGUAACGGACCGGAGGUCCGGCCUUGCCCGACUCCUCACCGCCCUGACGGUGUCACUCGAGAAGGGUGAUCUUGCUGACGAGAUCUUGGCGUUCUGGAAAAGGAACGAGGUGGGGGAACAGAGGUGA